AUGUUUUCAAGUGGCUUUGUCAAGGGAUUGGAAGGUAGAGCAUUCUUUCCAGAAGACGAUCCAAAAUGUUUUGAUUUUUUCAUGGGUUGGAUAUAUUUUGGUACUCUGCGAGUCCUUAAUGCUUCUACCGCAUUAGAUAAGAUUCAGUAUGACCUGAAUCCACUAUCGUUGUAUAGUUUCGCAGAUAAGCUAUGCCUGCCUGAGCUCAUGGAUCUUGCUCUCAAUACAUACAAAAAUACAUAUGAGAAGUCUAACAGAUUCCCCAGGGUAAGUUUGGUCAGCGAUGUAUACCAACUGACACCAAAAGACUCUCCUUUACAAAAGUUUAUGUGUCACUGCAUGUAUUACAUUUUCGUUGAAUACACCUCUGAAGAUAUUCGAAACUUUUGGACAACUGAGGACAUAGCAAUGGCCAUGAGCCUCCACAAGGAUUUACCUAUCGACUUUCUCAAUCUGAUGAGAUCAGAUUCUCCAGGUUUUCCUCCUACAGAUCCAAGAGCGCUCCCAAACAGCGAUUUUCACUGCCAUGGAGAGGACGAGCCUUGCUCUCAAAGACCAAACUAA